AUGUCCGCAAUUUUUUGGUUAGUAGGCGUUAUUGUCUUGUUAAUUCUUAUGUCUGUCUGGCUAAUUUAUAUAUUUUUCGUCAACUCUCAACUUUUGGUGAACAAUGAAGACAGUAAAAUUGGUAGUGAAGAUGAAAAAUCAGAAGAAGAAGAGGAAGAACAAGCACAAAUUUGUUAUGAAGAAGAUAAAACUAAGGAAGUCGAAGUUAUUGUAAAUAAUGAAGAGAAUGAUGUAAAUGAACAACCUAAAAAAAAGGCAAACUUUAAUUAUGAUGACUUCAAAUUUGAACUAAAAUUUAACGAAGAUGAAAUAUUAGCUGCAACAGGUGAAGAGGUACUGGAGGAUGAAAUGACUCUUGAAUGCUUUGGUGAUAAAAAAACCUCUAACGACACAUCACUUUCGGAAGAAGAAAUGAGAAGACUAGCCCUGCAUGAAACGGGCCACGUCUACAUCGCUUUGGCUUUAGGCGUUAAGUUAAAAAAAGUCACAUUAAAAGCUAACGAAGUUCUACUUGGACAUACCACAUUUACUUUUGGAAAGAAAUUAUACACUCCCUCAGAUAAAGACAAUUAUAUGAGUAUUUUACUUGGUGGUUAUUGCGCAGAAAUGUUGUUUUUAAAAGAACCAUCAAUUCUCAGUUCUUCAGAUUUGGCAAAAGUUCGAGAUGUUGCCUUGUCUAAAGGAGCCAAAUUUGCGUUUGAUGGGAAGCCUGCCAGAUGGAUUGUUAAUAAGAAUUCUUCUGAAGCUUUAAAAAAAGAGCGCGAAGAUAUAAUUUAUAAAGAUGUUGAUGAAUGUACAGAAAGGGCUAAGAAACUGAUAAAAGAACAUGAAGAGGAAAUAGGAGAAUUUGCCUCAACUUUAUGCAAGGAAAUUGAACUUGAGGGAAAGCGUCUUUAUAAGUAUGAUCGUUCUUUUUUAUAAAAAAUAAUUCUCUCAUUUUAGGGAGAUCAACAA